CGCUAAAGUCAGUCGAAGGUGACGCAGAAAUCCAGCAGACGUUGGAAAAAACAACCGAGACUCUAACCCAGUUCCGAAAGGCUGUGACAGAAGCCCCAGAUACCUGGGAGAGGCUCGAUGGCUUCGUCACUGUUGUUAACCCGAGAUCGACUACCCGGAAAUCCAUGCAAGAGCCAACGCUACUUCGAUUAGCGGUCAACUUUGUAGGCGGAGACAGCAGCUUCAAAGGCCAGGCGAGAGUGUUGCAAUGCGUAAAGGCCGCCCUCAAAACUGAAGGAACCGAUGUUAUCGACCUGCCUGGGCCCGUGGGUGAAACUGCACUCAUUGCGGCUUGCCGGUGCGGCCAGCUCCUUGCUGUCAAAUACCUGCUGAGCUGUGGUGCCGACGCAAGACUAGCGGACGACGAUGGCAUCACGGCUCUGCACUGGCUCAGCUUCUUUGACGACGAAGACAUGGCGAUGCUUGCAGAGCGGCUGGUAUCAAACGGCGCUAAUAUUGACGCGCGGACGACGGGGUUUCUUGAUCUUCCAGAACACGCUAUUAACCUGCAGGCUGGCUGCACUCCUCUCCACUACGCUGUCGCCAUGAGAAGCUCCCAGGCGGUCAAGACGCUGCUGCAACUUAGCGCCGACCCGUUCCAAGAGGCAACUCUCGCGUUUGCGUAUCAGACGUACUCGCUCACGCCACUACACUUCGCCACAAGCCUCUACUUCCACGAGAUUGUGAACGUGUUGCUGAAGGUCCCAGGCACUUCCGACAGGGUCCGCUUCACGUGCCGACAGAUACCCGCCCCCAUGAAUGUCUCGAUCAUCAACCUGGCUAAUGUCUGCCUCGUAAUGCCGUCCGACAUGGCACCAUUCAGUCGGAUUCUCACCCAUGGAGUCUCCUAUGAAGAGGCGCUGGACAAAACGCUGUCCGAAAUUCUCGAGGUUUUCCCGGACAAAGACGUGCUUGAACUGGCCCAUAUGAAGCUCAAUCACGUAUGCAUCCCCGCCGAAGAUCCGUACGUCUGGAGAGCGUGGAAGCGACACGGCCUUGGGCCUAGGAAGCUAUCCAUACAAGAACUGUGCCAGAUAGGCCUACCAUCGCACGAAACCACGCUUCACCAAGGGCCGAAUUGGGAGGUAGAGCUUUGGCUGCGGGCGACCUUGGGGAGUUGCAAGAUACAAAAGUGCAGCACCGCGACUUCGCAUGCAGCUCUGGCUGGGUUUGCUGACAGAGAUCAAGAAAUCGACCUGGGUUACGUGAUUCAGAUUCUCGAGACAUGCGUGUCGUCUGAUUUCGACGGCCUACUCUCCGUCGUCUUGCCGCGACUGAAUUCGUCAAGCAUGUCUCCGGUCCUGGAAUUCUUAGCCCCCUUCCUGUUCUUCAUUGCGGCGGAACAAGAUGCGGUGGAUUGCUUGGAGGUGCUCUGGAAAGUCUUGAUUGAGGACGCAGGAAAUGACGAUCUAAAAAAUAUGUGUAUAGAAUUCCAGAAAGACUCCAUGUCGGCACUACACUCGGCAGCGCAAGAGAAUGCAACGCGCGCAAUCAAGUUCCUGCUCGAGCACGGUUGGGACAUUGAUCGAGAUCUGGGCAAGACCGGUACGGCACUCAACGUGGCAGCGUCGUCGUUCGCCAUGCGAGACGCUGCCAUCCUCCUCCUGGAACGGGGUGCCAGUCUUUUUUGCUGCCGCGAGCAGGGCGAGGGCUUCAGUGUCAUGCACCGUGCCGUUCAGUGCCCAGACGUGCAUCUCAAGGGCGACCAGCAGUUCUCGCUCAUCCGCAUACUUGUCGAGUCGUGCCCCGACAUAUUCCUCCCCGUGAUGGACAAGCUGGUUCGGGCGCGCGACGAGAAACUGAAACAGACAGCGCUGCACCUCGCCAUCUUCCACAGCGACAUGCCCAGUUUCCUCACACUGCUGGAAUUUGGGCAGUGCGAUUUGGCCGUCCAAAAUGCCAUGGGUUUCACUCCGCUCAUGAUGGCCGAGUAUAAAAUUCACUUCCGGGAAGGGCAGUCUGAUGGGCUCGAGGCGGGGCUACUGCGACGGGGCUGGGAUCGGUCCGAAGUCGAGAAGCAGAACCUCCGGGACCAGGCGUGGAUGGUGGAGCGGUGGAGGCAGAUGGUCGAGUUGCUGGUCGAGGCUAGCUCGCCCACCCCCGAGAAACUCGCCAUUGCGAACGAAUACGAGUUCUUGAUCAAGCAUGCUGUGCUGCAGUUCGUUAUGGCGACGAGAAAGCCAGGCUGUGACGAGCAUGACGAGCUUGGCAAAGCUUUCAAGCACUUCGCCUUCAUGCAGGGCCCAAGCGCGAAAACAGGGCUGGACCCUGCUGUUGGACUCAACAAAGAAGACAAGACUAUUGUACUAUUUCCAGACGGGUAUGCAGUAGGCCGCUCUGUUCCGUCGGUCGCGAUACAGUACGGCAGCAGAAGGUAGGCCGGCACGGUUGGAAGCUGCUGAAGUACGUAGGGAUAAUUUAGUGGAAUUGGCUGAAAACCUUAACUGGGGUCGCUUCUAACACAGCAAGCUAGAACAGGUGACCAGGAAAAGAAGAUGCUGGAUGCUCCUUCCCUCCAGAGC